UUGUGAAUGGAGCUCAUUAUGUAUGCAGCUUUCUCGCCGCUCCAUUCAGAACUACCGCUGCCCCUGUCCUGUUCCCUCUCCCUCUCUCUCUUUGCAGGCUGCGUGGAUCUCAUUCAACACAGCCUAAAUGACCACAAACGGUUAACGGAUGGAUUAUAAAAUGGACGGAUAUUUGGACCAGCAAGUGCCUUACACUUUAGCUAAUAAGUCGCAAGGAAAUGGGCCCCUAAAUAGACUGUUGAUGGCCGCGAAAAGGAAAUACAUGGACACCGAAUUACCCCCUCAGGAAUCAGAAGACCUCUUUCAGGAUUUAAGCCAACUUCAGGAGACGUGGCUCACAGAAGCUCAAGUUCCUGACAGUGAUGAGCAGUUUGUCCCUGACUUCCACUCAGAAAACUCUGUGGCGUUCCACAGCCCGCCGGUG